AUGUCCGACGAUGAAAUUUAUCUGAAACACUUCAGUGAAACAAUAUUCUCUAACAGCACUAAGGGACAACACAUUGUGCAACUCCCAUUCAAAGAAGACAAAGAAAAAGUCUCAUCAAAUGUUUACCUUGCUUACGCCAGACUCAUUCAGCACCGCAAAAUGUUGCAACACAAACCGAAACUUCUCAAAGAAUAUCAUAAACUUUGUCAUGAUCAAGUAGCAAGAGAGAUUACAGAAGAAGUCCAUGAGAAACAACUCCGCUGCUACCACUACUUAGCACACCACUCACCUCGGAGAACAGCUCAACAGCAACAAUUUGUUGUGUUUAUAACGAAUGGAUCAGCUAGAACGAAGCACAAUCCAACUACGAACGACCUGCUCAUCAGAGAACUUAAUUAA